AGUAUUAUGUGUUCUGUGGCAAAGACGCAAAGAGUUUGUUGCAGUUGCAGUUGGGAGUUGUCGUGCGAGGCGAGUGCGUGUCUGGUGUCGCGGUGUCAUAUCUAUUCUCAUCUAAUAUGGGUGCGAAUGUAUUGUGAAAAUCCCGUAUACGAAGACAAUCAUCAAAUCAAACAUGGCUGCCGUAACGGUCUUUUCUCUAUGCCUCCUGGCGAGCGUUGUAUAUGGUUUCAAUGGCGACAGCUUCGAGCUGGAGUGUCCGGACGAGUGUGACUGUCACUACUUCAGAAUCAACUGGGUCACCGACUGCUCGGAGAGCAACCUCACUGAGGUUCCCUACGAUGAGCUCAGUAUGAGCGUGUACAUUCUGGACCUCAACGGCAAUAACAUAACAACGCUACAGACAUUCCCCCCUGACAUCAAGAUGAGGAGAUUACAGAUCGCGAAUAACAGACUCACCAGGGUUGAGAAGAAUUCAUUCAAAGGACUCGAAUAUCUCAUAGAUGUCGAUCUGUCCGGGAACAAUAUCACAUAUGUGGAUCCGGAAGCAUUCUUAGACUCGCGAGGCCUCCUUAAUGUGGAACUUCAAGACAACCCGAUUACAACUGUGGACGGGCCAUUCCUGAUCUCCAGCACGCUGCAGUACCUCGACAUAAGUUCCUGCAAUCUUUCUGUCAUCAACACACAGUUCUUCGACAACAUCACAUCUUUAACAACAGUGGAUCUCUCUAGUAAUCCUCUCCGUAAGCUGGAUGUCGGUGUUUUUGAUGUCUUAACAAGUCUAGACAACUUAAACUUAAACGACUGUCAACUCACAACAAUUAGCGAUGGUGCAUUUUCUUCUUUGACAAACCUUAAAAGGCUAGAACUCGCAGAUAAUUUCUUAACUAACACAAACUGGUCCGAAGUACUAGGAAAUCUAAUCAGAUUGGAAUAUCUCAAUUUGAGAAAGUCAGGCAUAACUUCUUUGACCGAAGACACUUUUUCGAACUGUACAAAUUUGGUCACACUUAUUUUAGCAGACAAUGAAUUGCGAGAUUUAGAAGUUGCAGCCAUAUUAGGUAAUAGCGUCACCCACUUAGAAUUAUUAGACCUAUCUAACUGUCACAUCAAAGGUCCGAUUUCGGGAGAAGCGUUUGCAAACGCGACUAAAUUAAGAGUUCUUUAUCUUUCUGGUAAUCCGCUGUUUGCACCAGAUUUACAGGAAGCACUCGAACCUCUUCCCAAAUUGGAAAGACUAUUCUUGAGCAACUGUGGUUUGCAUAAUCUCCCAGAUAACUUUAACGUUUUUGAGAACCUGUUAGAACUAGAUAUAUCACAUAAUCCUCUAGUCAAUGUGUUUACUAAACUCCUAGCUCCCCUAGAAAAACUGGAAUAUUUAAAUAUGGGCUACAGUAAUUUAUCUUACAUAGGACCAGACUCUUUUGCAAAGAUGACCUCUAUGAAACGUCUUAUUCUUUCUGGUAAUGAUCUACUUUCUCUAGAAGCGGGUCUCUUUGGAAAUUUAACGCAAUUGACAACAUUAGAGUUGGAAUUCUGCGGACUUAAACGGCCGCUUAACGCAAACGCAUUCUUUAAAAAUCUCACUUAUAUGGAUUUGCGAGAGAUCCGGCUAAGUGGAAACCCUCUUGUAAUCCCUGAAUCUGGACCUCUGUUCCCGAGGCAAUUGUCCCAGGUUACGAUACUCGAUCUCAGCAACUGCAACAUUCUAUCUUUGAACAGAGAUGCUUUCAAAAACACCGAGAACAUUACUGACCUAAACUUAGCGGGUAAUCAUAUUAAAUCCGGCGAUAACAGCCUGUCUUUCUUAGAACGACUUCGUCACAUAGAAAAAAUUAACCUUAGCAACAAUAAUUUGACAACUAUAGAACCUGAAGUAUUCAUAAACAAUCCUAAGUUACGAUCACUAAAUCUGCUCGGUAAUCCUUUCUUAUGUAACUGCAAGAUAGCCGAAAUGUGGGAUUGGGCAAACAUGAUAAAGGGAGACUUGGAUAUGUUGGUCGGAGCCAAGAGCGCAGAGAAAGACAUCGUCGUAAAAGGCAACAAAAAGAAAAAGAAUUUGUACUGCCAUUACAACGAGACUCAGCUCCGCAAUUUGACGCUAACGAUUAACAAAUCAGUGCCGGGUCGAAGGCCUUUCGUAAAACCUAGAGAGCUUACUUACGCUUAUAGAACGUGGGCGAAAUAUGUUAGAGAGUCGGGCUGCGAACCAGUGGUGAAGAUUUUAAGACCCGUUGCUUUAGUGGCCGACCUAUUUGAUGUCAAUAGCGGGCAUAUAUCCACAGCGGCUUUAGUUCUAGCUGUCCUCGCGUUAAUUUUAGGCAUGUCCACCUUAGUUAUGACGAUUAGAUUGUUUCGGAAAAAAGCACACAUAAUGGUGGAUACAGAACAAAGAAAGUUAAGAUAGAAAUUAAGACAUGUAGUUAUUUCCAAUUUUAUAAUAUUAAUUU